AUAAAAUUUACUAAAAUGUUUACGCGACAAGUGUGUGAAAACAACAACAACAGCUGGAAUAUUAAUAACGCACUAGAUUGUACUGAAUCGCGCACAGUGCGUACAAUUAACACAAAAGUGCAACAACAACAACAACAACAACGGUUAACUACUACUAUAAAAGUGCCAUUUGCAAACCGUACAGUAUUGGCCAAUUUCAAUAGCAACAAUAACGGUACAUGCAAAAUGUCAUCGACAAAAGCCGCCUUAACGAAAACGGAACUGCAAAACACUACCCCCAGCGCUAAACUGCAUUCGAAAAAGAGGGUGUCACUGAUGAAAUCCACUCUCCUGCCCAUCAUUUGCAUUGUCAUAGUCUUACAAAUUUCCACCGCUUCUGGCCGAACACUACACGGAAGAAAACAAGCUUUGCAUACACUCGAAAAUCGUAUGAACCACCACAGGAAUCUGUUGCGUUACGAACUUGAUUUGGCGCCCAAACAUACUGAGAAACAAAUACACCACCACUUGAAUACACGUUCAACAGCCAUGGAGUGCACCAAAAAUAUGACAGACCAUCUAGAGUCUGUGCAGAGCCAAGCGCAAAAUUCGUUAAAAGAAUUACGUGACAAACUUGCUAUCUUUACUCGUGCACGCUUCAAUGAUGAGCCAUCAGAAACUUAUAAGUUUUGGAGAAAUCAUUCUUUGAAUUUAACCCAUCCUUAUACAUUUUGCUAUGAGCGUCACUAUGAUUCAACUGCAAGACCCGAAUUUAAACAUUUAAAUUAUCCAAAAUUGACCAAAGAAUUGUUCGAAGAGGAACUGAAGAAGAUCUACAAAACCUGGAAAAUCUUGGAAGGCGUCUAUUAUCAAACCGUUAACCCAACUAACAUAAAUAAUUGGCGCGAUAGAAGCUCAGAGGCUUUUAACAACAUGUUGUUCUACUUCAACUUAACUUUAACUCAAUUACAAAAUAACAGGAAUAAUGUCGGUAAUUUACUCGGGAACACAAUUUCACACGAAUUGGAUAGCAAUAUUCCACUUGUAUAUAAUACCACAGCACAGGUGAGGGAAUGGUUGAUAAUUUUGGAAAGCAUAAGUUUCUUGCAUUAUCUGACCGGACUGUGCACAAAAUUGAUUGAAAUGUGUUCUUAAAGUCAAACUCAAGUUAAAAUAAACCAAUGCUUAAGAGGC